UUUGGAAAUCGUAUAAAUAGGACCUACACGAUACUGCGAAAGAGUGCGGUCUCUAUUAAAUUACGCGAUCCACGUUUAUCUGUCAAAUUAUUCCACAGUAUUUUUUUUCACCAUUACCUGAUUUCAAGACUGUGAGAUUACUUCUUGGUUUUUAAGUUUAACCAACGGUUUUUCAAAAGUGACGAAAAAUCAGCAUUGUUGGCGGGGGCAACCAUCGUUUCACGGUCCAUUUUGUCGUCAUUCUGAGCCAAUUGCGUGCUUAAAGAAACGCUUGGAGAAAAUGCCUAGGAGGAGUUUUAAUGUGAAACAACGACCUGAUACCGUUGAGGAAAAUGUGUCCGUUUUGCGUGAAUUGGAUGGCAGCAGACAGGUAGAUAACAGGAGUUCGGUAGAUCUCAUCAAACAUUUUGCUAAACUCAAUGCUAAAACUGGUGAAAAACAUAAGGGGAAUGUGAAAAAUUCUAAAUCCAUAUGCCAUAAUAAAAGUGUCACAGAAUGCAUGUACGGCCCAAUCCCUGGCUUUCCAGUAGGAUCGUGGUGGGGGAUUCGUAUGGACUGCUCAAGGGAUAGAGUGCACGAUCCAUUCAUUGCAAAUGUACACUAUGGUCCACUUGGAGCUGUGUCCAUUUGUACACCACAUAUAAAUGAAUACAAUGAUGUAGAUUUGGGGAAUCGUUUGACAUUUACUGGACAAGCUUGUACUCACGAGGAAUUAAAGGAUGAGUCGUUAAUCCUGAAUUAUCAGAACAAAGUACCAGUACGAUUGAUUAGAUGUUACAGUCUAGCAAAUGAAUUUGCUCCAAAGACAGGCUAUCGAUACGAUGGUCUAUAUGGAGUAAGUGCUUAUUGGAUUGGAAUCUCAUCUGACUCAUCAAAACAUUGCAAGUUUGCAUUGACCCGACUAUCUAAUCAGGAUCCUCCUCCAUGGGAAAAUUCUUCAAUUCAAGCAAAACAUAUUAGUUCCUUCAGAGUAAGUGAUCCUGUUCCAAAAACUGAAUUACAUAGACGACGCCAAAGUAUGCAUAAUUACGUAAAUCCUGGCAAAGCACAGAAGGCAGUCGCUGCUACGUAUGCAUACUCUGGAAAACAAAAGCUCAAUUCUGAUUCAGAGCUUAACAUUUCUUCUAGUAGUGACAAUGCUAGGACAGUUUUAUCAAAUGCAAAAAUUGUCACAAGUGAUCAUAUAAACAUGCAUGAAAGUGCUAUCGUAACGAGAAGGGUUUUCAAGAAGAAAGAUUGCCACUUGGAAUGUUCAUUAGACUUAGGAAGUUCUACAACUCCUGGAAAUAGUUUGUUAUCACAAUGUGCUCAUCGUUCUUAUGACCAUUCAUUUAUACGGGGCCCUAAAUUACAAAAUACCAACAUUUCUAUUCGAACCGACCUAUAUGAUUCCACGCAUAACUUACAGCAAGAUUCAAAAAGAAUGAUAUCGGUACCAUCGGCUAGAAUUUUUAAACCAACCAAAAUAAGUACACGUAUUUUAACGAACUUUGAUUCGGAGAGUUCACCUUUCAUUCAUAAAAAUGAUGGCACUGUCAAAAUUGAUACUUUAAAAAUAUCCAAAAUCAUAGGAGCAAAUAUUAUUAGAUCUGGUUCAGAAGAAAGUAAUAAAAAUUAUCAUGCUAAGGCUGUAACGUCUAAAAGCGAGUCAGUGCGUCCUUCGAUGACACAAGACACAGGAAUUGAGAAAAGUAAGUCUAUGUGUGAACAGAAACAAUGUAAAGUGAUGUUAACUAACUGUAAGGUUUUGUUAAAAAAUUUGAAUACUGACGUUCUAAAUACCAAGUGUUUGACUAAUACGGAUCAUUCUUAUGCAGUACCUUACAGAAGUUUUUUACGAAGUAACAAAAGUGAGACAGCAAAUAUAAAAGCAAAAUCUGUGAGUGUCCCAAAAGGAACGAAGGAAGGAAUAAAAAAGAAUAUUAUACAAAACAAGAAAAUGAGUGAUUCAAGUAGUUCGCAUUGUAGUAACUCCGACGAAGAGGCUGAUGUCCCAGGUAGCACUACGGAAGAUUCCAUUACAUUUCUCAAAUCUCGUGGUUCAAUGGAUUCUUUGACUCCAGACAAACUGUUGAAUAUUAUAACGACAAAAAAGUAUCACCCCAUGGCCAAGUUAUUAAUUAGUAGCAUGAUUGGUUUAACAACUGGUGAGUCCAGAAUGAUGAGUGCAUACGAUGAAUUGUCGUCUCAGACAGAAAUUAGUCCAUCUGUUCAAAAAAAUACCACGUCAUCAGAAAACCUUAAGGAGUAUUUUAAAGAUUCUAUUGGUACUUUAACAAAGGAUGUUAAAGACUCACCAAAAAAGAGGAGCAUAGACAGUACAAAUACCGAUACCAACUCUAAAAAAUUGGCACUGAAUAUUGUAUCGACACCAGGUUCGAGCAGGUGUCGGAUGCAACGCACAAAAUAUAAAAAUCCUGACCGUUCCUAUACUACGACAAGGUCUUCGUUGUUGAAGAAGUCUGAACCAGCAGUUGGGUUAAAGGAUACUGACAACUCAACAGAGAAUGUGAAUACUAAUAACCUCAAUCGAAAUUACUUUGUGAGCAUUGAAGAGGAAAACACCAGUGGAAGCAACAGAUUAGUUCCCCAAUCAAAUAAUUCUAGUGCAAGUGCAAGUGCCAUGAGUACGGCAAGUCAGCCAGCUGAUAAAGUUCACCCUACAAAAAAGUCAAAUUCUUCCAAAAUGGCCCGACGAGGAAGAAAUGAAAUAGCAAACCUGGCCAUAGAUGCGAUUCUAACCCCCAUCGUGCGAGGACCAAGGAUAAGGAGGUUAAGACCGAUGAGUAGGGUACGUACGAGAAGUCGAUAUGAAAAGUGUCUUCAAGAUGGACCGAUGUAUCCAACAAAACGACCAAAACUAGAUCUCAGUUUGAAGCAGUUCCCUGCAGCGAACCGUUCAAACAGUACGAAGAGAAAAAAAUAUCCAGACAGUACUGUGGCACGUACACAGCAGUCUGGACUGAUCAAGAAGACAUCAGUGUCCGAUAGUCGACCUAAGGAAGUCCCCCAUUCAACAAGAAAGCUACCACAGUCUCGAAGUGUAGGAACUGUUGAUGCCACUAAAAUAUCUUCGACGAACAGACAUAAGAGUAAAGAAAAUUUGAAACGAGUGAACAAGCCUAAAUUAAACCAAACCACGAAAAUCGCAGGUAGUGCCGCGGAUAAAAAGAUCGAUGUGAAGGCUGAACCACCGAAGAGUAAGACAACGGAUGCUACGAUUCAGUGUUCUUUGUUGUUCGAUGUCCCUAUGGAAAGACGCAUCUCGAGAAGCAGAAGUUCUCUGUCUCGAGUACACGAGGAUCAAGAGCCUGUCAUCAAGAUCGAAGUGAUUGAUUUAGUCGAUGUGAAAUCUGAAACAGAAGACGACACCGAUGAUCAGUUGCAGAGUCCAGAGAAGACUGUUACCAAGAAGUCGGACACGGAUCGUUUCGUAAAUUCAGAGCCGAAAAAAGGGUCAAUGCCUCAUGUGGAGUCAAGGAAGAAACAGUGUUUUAAUAAAAACGAGGCAGAAGAACGAUUGUGUAUAAAUUCAGAGAAAACAUCGGCAUGGUAUGAAAAGUCAAUUAAGAAAUCGGCGUUCGUGCCCGUUAAUUUGAAUAGUGGAAGCUUAAGUAUAGCGCGAUUAAAAUCCAUUGGGUUUAAGCCUAUAAAACCUUGUUCCACAUCUAGCCACAAAAGUCAGGAUUUUCAAAGCAGUCACCGGUGUUCCAGUGACAGUCCUAAGAUUGCAUCCUCUAGUGCCGUUGCCAAGAGAACGGUCAAUGAAGAAUAUGACAAAUAUACAAGUGAAGAAAAUAACAUCGUGGGAUACAUGGACCAAGAACUGCGUUUUCAGGACAUUGAAGAAGAAGACAAGGGUUCUUCAUCGGCGUCGAGUGAAGACCUUCUGGAUGAUAAGAGUAAAAUUAAGUCAGUGAAAGGUGGAGCUAAGACGCUUUGUAAGGAAGGUGCAAUGGACUCACCAGAACCUGAGGAAUCCACCUUUGAACGAUCAGGAUCCAGUCGGGAUGAAAUGGAAGAGGUUCGAGGGAAAGACAGAUACGGUGACAUCUUAUCGAUGGACGAUGAACAAGAAACUCCUUGGCAUGGGUGGAAAAAAGUCAUUACAGACGAACAAACCUGUUGGGUAGGGUGGUAACACCCUUCGAGACUCCGGUGGGUAACAACAGCUUGAUACCUGGUCGAAACAUGAACUAGAUUAUGUACUCUUAAUCGAUAGUGUCAAAGGUGUUGCGUUACAAUGCCUUCAUAAUGGACCAAUAAAGGAGACGCUAAAUUGGUGUGAAUCGAAGAAAGUUAUUAGGAAUCUAGAAACGUUUUAAGGUGGCCUGUCACAUAUCGUACCAGUUUAAACACUUUAUGCAGGAACGAGGUAGUAUUUGGACUCUACUGUCGGAGCAUAAAUUAGGGGAGCCUGGUCCAUGUAACGUAAUUCUCUUGUAUGUCGCGGAUUCAACCGAUGAAAAUGAAUUGUCAUUAUCAAAGCAAACAAAGGGAGUCCAUGUGCAGUUUCAGCCCUGCGGUUCCUUCGUAAACCAAAACAUUGUUCACCUCAAAAUUACAUUCGAGGCCUGCGGACACAGUGAAACCUAUUUAUUUAAGAUACAUUUAUUUACAUCUCGCUACAUAUCCUUUUAAAAAAUACGAUUUGCUUUUCUUUGCCUUCGACACCCUUAACUAAUUACAUCCCUGUGACUUAUCGUGUGAGUACCUGCCAGAGUAGGUGCGUUCUAAACUCGUGUACAGCGAACAGCCUGUACACGUAGGAAAGCAUACAAGAGAAUUACCCUACUUAGGAACAUUAUUCGUACAACAAAUCUGUGAUCUUAAAGUGGCGGCACGAUUAGUUAUCGCGAAAUCGUCAUCAAUGUCCCGUAUCUUCUAAGAAACAUUGAUUAGGGAUACGCGAAUCGUUCGAGUUGUAAUACAAUUGUUGGACAGUCUCCUUGUAUUACAGCGGACAGUCUUAUUAUUACGACGCUCCGACGGGAAAGGUAUAUUUUGUGAGGUGAUUGCCUUCUCUGUUAGCUAUUUGUACGUCGUUGAAAAGCUUUUAUGAAUUUAACUGCGCAUAUAUAUGUAUAUAUAUAUAUAUACACACACACACAUGUACAAGGUGUCUCUAAAUUCGACGACCCACGUAUGUAGAUUUUCCGCGCGCGAUCCGAUUUUAAGGUGAACGAUCACUCUUAAUUUUUCACGACAAAAAAACAAGGGGAGAAAAAAAAAUGAAAAUCGAACGUACCGUCUCGUCGAAUUCAGAGAAACCGUGUAUGCAAAUAUGCUUUACUCGUACUCCGAGGAUACACGGAUUACUUUGUCGAACAAGUUGUGCACGCACCUUUCUAUCGGUGUACGAACUCUGUCGGGUAUUCGCAAUUGACAUUAGUAACAGGUGAUGAUCGGAUUGCGGUACAAAGUGAUAAGGACGUUCAAGAAUGCGUCUCGAUAUUUCGUGCACUCGGGACAGGGCUCCGAUACAGAAAUCUGACGGAUCCACGAAUGAAGGGCAGCACGUUGACUCGAAAUCUCUCGUUUUUUUUUCUCUUUCCAAAUUCCUGAUAGCCUCUGUACAUAUACUUGACAAAAUCAUGUAGCUCUUUAAGGCAUCGGUGCCUUUCGAUCGGAAUUAGAUAAAGCGCUAUCACGUUCUUCCUGUACAUACGGACCAAAGCGAGCGCGCGUGUCGGAGGAAGAUAUGUUGCCCUAUCGGUAAUUUUCCUCUCAUUUCUAAAGAAUCGUAUCGUGUACUCGAAAUUUGUACCUGGUCCUGAAGGAGUUCCGUCGUGUCCGACUUAUAGGUACUUUCGCGAGGAUCCUGUUAUCAGAGUCGAGGUGCAAAGGAGCCCUUUUCGUUAAAUGCUUUGAAACACAGCUGCGGUUAAAGAGACCCGACCCCGAAAAUAUGUACUUGGCGCGAGACUCGAUCGAGUUUCUUCGUAUUCUGUCGGAGGCCUUGGAUACUUUUAUUUUCCCAUCGUUCCGUGCAAUCGUUUCGCCGUUUAUCAACUCGACGUCAAGAAGAUAUACGAAAUUCGAUCUCCGGAAUGGGGGAGAAUAUUGAAUUAAAAAUUUGCGCACCUGUUAUUGGUGGGCCUUUAGCUUAAAAGAAAAAAGAAAGAAAGAUCCCAACGAAAAGACUCGAUCCUUGGAAGAUUUCGUUUUUCACACAGUGUACCGUUGCACAUAUAACUUUUGUAAAUACGUGUGAAUUGUUUCGUGUAUUACGGUAUAUGUUAUAUGUAUGUGUAAAGCUCCGACUCGCGGCUAGUAGGCGCAUUCCAGAAAACGUAUUUUCACGGUUUUACCUUAUUACGUAUGCGCGACAGAAUAAAUAUCGAGCUGUUUGUGGACACUUAUAUUUGUAAAUCUAUGUACGGAAAUAACCUCCGUAGCCAGAUAUUCAAUAAUAUAUUCUGAUUAUAAGAAAGCUAUUAGGACUAAGUCUCUUCUUUUUUUUUUCUUGUUUUCACGUUAUACCAGGUAUCGAUAGUUUAUUUUAUUAUCCGACAUGAGAUACGUCGCUGUUCGUUUUAAUAUAUAUAUAUUUUUUUUAUACACGUAUCUGACGCUGUGCUUCUCUCAGUGGCGCUCGGCGAACGAUUCGCGGAAAGAACAAACAAACAAAAAAAAUUCGCCACACCGUUCGCCGAUCUUGUUUGUCCUUACUCGAUACGCUAUGUUAUAACGAAUUAUAUAUAUAUAUAUAAUAUAUAUAUUAUAUAUAUACAUUUAUUAGUUUCCUCUUUAAAUCUAGUGCGUGAGGUCGGGGUGGCGACACUCGACGUGAAACCGAAACGCCUGUAUCGCGUCUCGCAAGUGGAUAUCAGCUGAUUUCUGUCACCCAUGCGACACUCAUUCCGAUAGUGGAAGGUCUGGCUCGCUUAUCGCUAACGAACUGAUCAUACAAAGUACUGUAUAAACUUGAAAACGAAACCUCUUACAGCGGGUCGCCGAUGUACGCUAACUGGACGGGAUAUUUCAUUUUUUUCUUUUCCGCAAUUUCGCCUUCAGCGUGCGUUUGAUUUUCUACUCAUAAAAAAAAUAUCCCCUCGCCCAAAUUUCAUAGAAGUUAAACCUAAAGACUUUCAACGAUAAUCUCACAGCCCGCCGAGUCAAUUGUUAAUAAAAAACACGUCGUAACGAUUACAAAAAGGAACGGCGAAACACUUUACGCGCCAGCUUGGCUUAACAAUUAAUAAGUAUAUCCCCCGUCCAGUCAGCGGUACACUCCCGAUCCGUCGUGGAUCCUCUCGUCACUGGACGAAAUUAAUUACGGGGAUUGCCGAACGGAAUAUUAAUUACGGUGGACGUACGAGGGCGAGAUUAAAGAACACAGGGUCGGCACGCGGAAUACAGUCGUCGACGGUCCACCAUUUGUGGGUCCUCGCUUGCGUUAAGUACCGGUACGCGUCCUUCCCUCGGGUGAAAUAAAUACUUAAAUGCAAAAAAAAAA